AUGUUUGAGGGAGGGGCUGAUUACUUGGCUGCUGAGGCCAGGAUUCAGGAGAUAGAGGAGAUGUAUGAUGCCCUACAAUUUUCCGAGGAGGUUAAGGUCAAAUUGGCGGUUCCUAUGCUCAGAGGAAACGCCAAGUUCUGGUGGAUAGCUAUGAAGGCUGCUGUUCAAGGAAAUGGAGAACAACUGACAUGGGAGGAAUUCAAAGAUAAAUUUUACAAUCAGUACUUCCCUCAGUCAAUGAGAUUAGUGAAGCAAAAUGAAUUUUUGGCCCUGAAACAGACCGAGAAUAUGACAGUAUUGGAAUAUGCUAGCAAGUUCAAUGAAUUGGGCAGGUUUUGUCCUCAGUUUAUGGAGGAAGAGAUAAGUAAAGCUAAUAGGUUUGAACAGGGUCUGAGAUAUGGGAUCAGGUCUAGAUUGGCCGUUUUGAUUUUCACAAGUUACUAG